AUGUGGACAUCACUCUCAAGGGACACAGUGAAGGGUCCCAGAGGAACCCUGCGGAGGGACUUCAACCACAUCAAUGUGGAAUCCAGUCUCCUUGGAAAGAAAAAGAAGAGGCUCCGGGUUGACAAAUGGUGGGGAAACAGAAAGGAACUGGCUACUGUUCGCUCUAUUUGUAGUCAAGUACAGAACAUGAUCAAGGUCGUUACCCUGGGCUUCUGUUACAAGAUGAGGUCUCUGUACGCUCACUUCCCCGUCAAUGCUGUCCAGGAGAGUGAAUCUCUCAUUGAAAUAAGAAAUUUCUUGGGUGAAAAAUACAUUUGCAGGGUUCGGGUGACGGCAGGUAUUGCUUGUUCAAUAUCUCAAGCCCCAAAAUAUGAGUUGAUCCUUGAAAGAAAUGACAUUGAGCUUGUUUCAAUUUCAGCUGCUUUGAUUCAGUAA